UAUUAGUCCGUCAGAAAACUUCGCAGCGAUAACAACAAGUGGCCCCCAAAUAAGUGCGGUUUGUGUUGUGUCCGUGAUAAACGAAAAAAACGAAUUAAUUAGUUGGAGUGAAACAGUGAUAUUGAACAAGCAGUGACAGAAAGAGACGAAGAAUUAACAAUGAUGACGAUUAGCGAGAGUCAAUAUUCAUCGAAUAAAAUGUCCAGUAUUCACAAGAUCAACGACCGUGUCGUCCACAGGGACAGCUUCGACGACGUCAAAAGUUCUUCCAGCGUCAACAGUUCCCUCAUCACGAAACGAGGCUUCAAACCAUCAGAUAUGUUUGACCCUAAAAAAAAAGAGUUCUUAACGAAUCUCAGUUAUAAAUUGUUCCCUGUAAGUUGGAACGACGUGGACAUACCCAGCAGCGAAACCUUACUUCCGGAACUUGCUGAAGAUCUGGAUACCAAGCCGAUCAUCGUUGGUGACAAGGAAGUCGAUUUGAACAAGAUCUUCACACCCGCUCCAGACGCUGAGGAGCAUACCAUUAAAAAAGAUCGCAAGUUUGAGAAAACAUUCGCAUCAUCAGCGUUUUAUGUACCCGGAGUGCAUCCCACAGUCAAGGAACAAAUGGAUCUUGCACGAGCCAUCUCCAAGUCCCUGUCCGAUUCCAGCAACCACAUGAGCAAGGGUCAAAGCAUGUACGUUAACAGGAAGAAACGAUCCGUGAAGUGGGUACAUGAGGGCCGAGGACGCAACACAUCCAAUACAUGCGCGUCGGUGUCGCCCGUUGCUAACCACGACACACCGUAUCGUCCGCCAUCAAGUCUGCGAAACCAAAAAACUUAUCCGAAAUCAGCCCUGAAGCACACAUCAAACUUACCAAAAAUGGAGCCUUUCCCAGUAACACCGCCGACAAUAACAAUACAAGAUAUCGAAGUAAAAGUACCAUUGGCCCCAACCAAGUUAAACGACGUCUACGCGUCGCCAAAAAGCCCGCGCUUGCCGCUCGUUUUCGGCCCGAAUUACAACGUGGCGCCGCGAGGCUGGGGCGAAAUGAAAGAUUACUACCGGCCAGUGUCACUAGAUGGCGUUGGUAACGUAAAAGCCGGUUACACAGAUUAUUAAUGAUGUAUAUUGUGGAUUACAGGCUCACUGUGAAAAUAUAAUAUAAACGGAUUACCAAUGGGUAUCGAUAUAAAGAAAAUUUUAAAACUUUUUAAGUUAAUUCAUUAAAAAUUGUUAUAUGCGUUGUAUUUUUAAGCGAUGUUGGAUACUCAAUUAAGUUUAUUUAAUCUGUUAAGAAUAAAGAUUAAAAAUUAAAGUUAUCUUAUUAUAUUUUCGAAAUUAUGUAUAGUUUUAUGUGAAAUAAAACUAAUAUCAUUUUUAAAUGUUUUAAAAUAAAUUUGACAAGACAUUUUAUUGCAUUGUUUUAGUUAAAUUAUUAUUGAGCAUUUAGAUUGCGUACCAAAUAUUAACUAUUUUUCUUUAUUAAUUUAUUAAUAAAUCUAUCGUAAUCAGUUUUUUUUUAAAAUAAAUGUUGUAUAUUGACUAGUCAUAUUGUAUUUUAUAAUUAAAUAACAUACAUAUAAAACAUCUUGUUUGGAACUACACAUUGCUUAUGUUUUUUUUUUUAAUAAUCUGUAUGUGUCAGCAAUUUCGAUGUCUGACAAGAGGUUUCUAAUAUUUCUUUCCUUUACUGUCGAAUACAGAAAAAUGCUCGUUUUUUAAAUAUAAUCGUUGAAAAACAGAUGAAAGUAAUAUAUAUCAUUAAUUUAUUGUUUAAAUGAUAAGUUAAUAGUUUCUCUGUAUACAAUGUUAUUUAUUUUAUGUGUCUGUGGUAUUUUUGUUUACUACUUAAUUUAAAAUAAAUCAAAUAAGGAUGU